CGCACACCCCGCCUGAUUCCCCCGGAAGUUCUUAGGAGAAAAGGUCGUGGCCGUACAACAAGAUGGCGGCGCUAGCGAGAAGCGGAGCCGCGGUGGAGGAGUUUGCUCCAGGAAGGGCGUAUGAUUACCGGCUACAGUUUCAAGGAGUUGGUUUUUCUUCCUGAAGAGGGGAGCUAUGAUGUCUGUGGUACAUCGGCUGACAGCGGGGUGGCUCGUGGAUCAUCUCUCUUUCAUCAACCAGUGUGGCUAUGAGGUCUGUGACUCCUUUGCAUACCCUGGUAGUGUCACUCUCAAACCUUCUGCCACUUCUACCGAAGAUUGUCAUGCGACUUCUACCUUUGCUGCCACCUGCUCAUCAAGAGAUCGUCCCAUUCCUGGUCCUAGAGAUGCGAUAGAAACAGAAGGUAAAACAGCAAAAAUAAGAUACACGUUUCGGGAGGAGUUCUUUGACGUUUCUAAGCCCCAUAUAGCUGCAGCUCCUGAGGAGCAGUUGUGGCAGGGAUGCUCUGAGGUGAGUCUCACAGAAGUAAAGGCCAACAGCGACAGGGAGGAACAUCGAGAAGGAACCAAGAGUGGCGUCGGAGAUUCUGUUGCCAGUGCUAGGAAGAAACGUAAAAGGAAAUGUGUAUUCAACCAAGGUGAACUGGAUGCUUUAGAAUACCAUUCAAAGCACUUCCCAGACAAGAAGAAAUAUGAUGUAAUUGUGAUUGAUCCACCAUGGGAGAACAAAUCCGUUAAAAGGAGUAACAGAUACAGCCACUUGUCUUCAGGGCAAAUCAAGCAGAUUCCCGUACCAGCACUAGCUGCUCCAAAUUGUCUUGUAGUCACGUGGGUGACUAAUAGACAGAAGCACUUACGUUUUGUUAAGGAUGAACUUUAUCCUCAUUGGUCUGUGAAAACACUUGCUGAGUGGCACUGGGUAAAAAUUACAAGAGCUGGAGAAUUUGUAUUGCCUUUGGAUUCUUUACACAAAAAGCCCUAUGAAGUUCUUGUAUUGGGGAGAGUUCAAGGAGAUGUAAAGGAAGCCUUAAGGAAAUCUGAAGAUGUACUUCCAAUUCCAGAACAUAAGUUAAUUGUCAGCAUACCCUGCAGUCUGCAUUCACAUAAACCCCCUCUUACUGCAGUUUUGGCAGAGUUUAUCAAGCCAGAUGUGGAAUGCUUGGAGUUGUUUGCUCGCAACCUACAGCCUGGCUGGACCAGCUGGGGAAACGAGGUUUUGAAGUUUCAGCACAUUGAUUUUUUCACUCUUCUGCAGAAUGAAAACUGAGUUGGGUCUUGUAGCUUAAUUCUGAAAUUCCGCAACUUCCCAGCAGGCUCUGGGACUUGCCUUUAUUACUGAUGGUGCUCAGAAGGUAACAGAAACUAAACCAAUUGCACUUCAGUUAAAGUUCUUGAAGUGACAGGAUUAUUAGUUUAAUGGUAUCUCCAUUUGUACAAGCUUGUCCUUUUUUUGAUGAUCUUGGGAUAUUUAAAUAUUGAUGCUAGAGGGUAAGUCCAUCCCUGCUUUUUUUCAAACCUCAAGAAAAGAAAUUUUAAAGUAUUCUCACUGCAACUAUCAAAUCUGAGCAUCAUAAGUGCUACGGUUGCACUCGUAAUGUAUUAUUUUUAAAGAGUGGUAAUGUAUUCUUUUUGAAGAGUGGCAAUGGAAGUAAACACUUCUGAAUUACACGUUUCCUUAAGAUUGUUUGUUGCAAAACAGUGGAUUUUGAACUAAAAUAAUUAUGAAGGCAGUGUAUCCUCCUACAUGUUUGUAUCUGCCUGUCUGCCUCAGAGGAAAUAAAAGGAGCGGUGCUUGUGUUGCAAAUGAAUUGUUGACUGACCACAUUCUAUGUAGAAUUACACUUUUAAAAUAGCAAAAUCCCUAUUUCUCUAUGUGGUAUUCAUUCUUGAAUACAUUGUAAAUUGUCAGUUUCAGCAUCUUACAAAUCUGCAUAUGAAGCUGUUAGAUUUAACUGAAAUUUUAACAGAUUAUAAGUAUCUUAAAAAUUCUUUUUCCUUAUGUUCUUGGAACUUUAAAAAGCCAUGCCAAUGAGCUGUAUCUUUCAGCUAGCAUAAAAAUGAUUUGUUUUUUUUUUUUUUUUUUUUUUAGAACAGUACACUUUGUGUGUCCUUUGCUGCCCUUAGAUUUGCUUUGAAAAGUAAAAAAAAGGAGACUUAAUGAAGCCUCUGCCACUUACUCAUUUUCACCAGUAGAAGCAGAGCUUCUGGACGAGCUGAUUCUCCUGAUGGCAAGCUCCUGAGUUCUGUUUAUAAUUGGGAAAAAAAUGCAUUGCAUACCUUCUUAACAUUCAUUCCCCUUUUGGUACUCUGAUGAGCUGUGAAGGUUUUAAAAUGAAACUUAAAAUGU